CUUUUUUUUUUAGCCAUAGCUAUGGUUACCACGUCUCUCCCCGCCUCCCUCCACCUACCAAGAAGACGACUGGCCAUUGGUUCUCUGUCACCAAGUCCGUCAGUCAUUGGCCGCUGGUGAGACAGGGCGCUCCCCCUUCCCCUGUCUCCCGGGUCUCUUGAGGAGCCCAGGAAGGAGCCUCAGCUAGUGCCGCCGGGCCACGGGCUGCCGCGAUCGGAUUGCAGCCGUCGUUAGCGGGUCAUGUCGGCCGCCCAGGGCUGGGACAGGAACCGCCGGAGGGGAGGAGGCGCCGCAGGCGGUGGCGGCGGCGGCGGCGGAGGUAGCGGGGCCGGCGGGGGCAGUGGGGGCAGCGGGGGUCGGGGGACCGGCCAGCUCAACCGCUUCGUGCAACUCUCCGGGCGGCCGCACCUGCCAGGUAAGAAGAAAAUACGAUGGGACCCAGUUAGGAGGCGCUUCAUUCAGUCCUGUCCCAUCAUAAGGAUCCCUAACAGGUUUUUGAGAGGCCACAGACCUCCACCAGCACGAAGCGGACAUCGUUGUGUGGCAGAUAAUACCAAUCUGUAUGUGUUUGGAGGUUAUAACCCAGAUUAUGAUGAAUCAGGAGGGCCAGAUAAUGAAGACUAUCCUCUCUUCAGGGAGCUUUGGAGGUAUCAUUUUGCUACAGGAGUAUGGCACCAGAUGGGCACAGAUGGCUACAUGCCCCGAGAGUUGGCAUCUAUGUCACUUGUGCUGCAUGGAAACAACCUGUUGGUGUUUGGAGGAACAGGCAUCCCAUUUGGUGAGAGCAACGGCAAUGACGUCCAUGUCUGUAACGUGAAGUAUAAGAGAUGGGCUUUACUCAGCUGUCGGGGGAAGAAACCCAGUCGUAUAUAUGGACAGGCCAUGGCUAUCAUCAAUGGCUCCCUUUAUGUCUUUGGAGGGACAACUGGCUAUAUUUACAGCACAGACCUGCACAAAUUAGAUCUCAAUACCAGAGAGUGGACACAACUGAAACCAAACAACCUAUCCUGUGAUCUACCAGAAGAGAGAUACAGACAUGAAAUUGCACAUGAUGGGCAGAGGAUUUACAUCUUGGGAGGUGGUACUUCUUGGACAGCUUAUUCCUUAAACAAGAUUCAUGCAUAUAACCUUGAAACGAAUGCAUGGGAGGAAAUUGCAACAAAACCCCAUGAAAAAAUAGGUUUUCCUGCAGCCCGAAGGUGUCACAGUUGUGUUCAGAUAAAAAAUGAUGUGUUCAUUUGCGGGGGCUAUAAUGGAGAAGUGAUCCUGGGAGAUAUCUGGAAGCUGAAUCUGCAGACUUUUCAAUGGGUAAAGCUCCCAGCUACCAUGCCAGAGCCAGUUUAUUUUCACUGUGCAGCUGUUACACCAGCUGGUUGCAUGUACAUUCAUGGAGGAGUGGUGAACAUCCACGAAAAUAAACGGACUGGGUCGUUGUUUAAGAUCUGGCUGGUGGUUCCUAGCCUGCUGGAACUGGCGUGGGAGAAGCUGCUUGCGGCCUUCCCCAACCUAGCAAACCUCUCCCGGACACAGCUUCUGCACCUUGGACUCACACAGGGACUCAUCGAGCGCUUGAAAUGAGGAUUUCUGGACUGUUCAUUGAUACUGGAAAUGUUAAUUUAAAGAGACUCCUUUAUUUAUGGGCAGUGUAGAAUGUGCUACAGAGAGGAUUGGUUACCCUGAUCAAGGCCUUAUUCAGAAAAUACAUCAGAUGCCUUUCUGUAAAUUGUUUUAAGUUUAUGGAAUCUCACUUUCCCUCGUGCUUUUUUCUUUGCUUCUCUCCCUUCUGCCCCAGUACACACACACAUACUCACAUACUCCCUCUUCCUUGAUGGAGUUGAGGGCAAGUCUGAAAGUACCUUAAUAAUGUUAUGAAUUAAGAUAAGAUAAAGAAAAUUUUAGAGGAACUCUAGGGAUAUGACCCUGUCAGGCAGUGCUCUAUAAAUUAAAGCAACGUCAUCGAUAAAAACAAAAAUAAAAUUUAAAAAAUUAAAUCCAGCAACAACAACAAGAAGUUUUGGGGAUAGAACAAGAAGGCUAACCUUGAGACUCUUGCAUAUUAUAGGGAAAGCUAGAUGUUUAACUUCCUGUUUUCAAAGGUACAUCUAACUGAGUAGCUGGAUCUAAUGGCAGCGGUGGUUGAUGUCUUGCUGCCUAGGUACCCAAACCGAUCCUUUGACUUUGGAGAAAAGUUAAGCAGCUCAGCAGCUCUUGAUUAGUGAUUUCUUUUCUCAUCCUUAUGGUGCCAGCAGUGAUUAGAGUUGACUUGUCUAAAGACUUUACUGUGUGUUGUAAUUGUGCUGUUUGUCGUUGCUCUUAGAAAUUAUGGCACCAACAACAUGUCAAAUCAAGAAAUUUAUGGUGGUCACAGUUCUUCGUUCUGGGCAGUUUUGAAAUUCUCCUGUGCUUAUUAAUGGUUUCAAGUAUCUUUUUGACUUCACUGUGGGGAAUUGCAGACCCUAAGUGUGUGGCAUAAAUGCUGUGGGACAUAAAUGUAAGUUCGUGAGAGGCCUGAAUAGAGCAGGGCAGGGAGGGCUUCUGCUCUGGGCUGUGAACUUUGACUGUCAUAUCGGCCAUUUCCUUUCAGAACUGUUUCUUUUUUUUCUUUCUUUAUUGGGGUAUAAUUGCUUUACAAUGGUGUGUUAGUUUCUGCUUUAUAACAAAAUGAAUCAGUUAUACAUAUACAUAUGUUCCCAUAUCUCUUCCAGAACUGUUUUCUUUUCUCACUCUGGGCCGUGCACCUGCCGUAUUCUCAGGCAAUGGGUUUUAUCUCUAGAAAACCAGUUGGCCCUUGAUUUUUCUCUUAGCUUUUUGCCUCAUUUUCUGUCUGCUUUAAUGUGCAUGGUGCUGUGAGUAAUUGCCUAGUAACUGGAUAAAAGGUCUUGGGGAAAAGCCACAGGUCAUUCUUCCUGAAGAACUAAGUAUCAUUUUUAAAACUAGCAUGAGGAAGGAAUGAAACUGAGGAUCAUUCACUUUUUGGUGUGAAAUUUUAGUUCUGGUUUGUUUUGUGUUGUAUUUUAAUUCUAAAAAAGAAAUGACCUAAGUUUUUACUUGCUUUGCCAUCAGGCUGCUAGAGUGGUCACUGAGACAUGAGCAGUUGGAAGUCCUUCGGUGUAUGAAAGGUGCUAAAGGUGUGCAAGAGGGCACAGUGCUGAUCAUUCCGUUGGUUACGUCAUAACAGGAGACUCAGAUGGGAGACUAGGGACAUGUUUUUGCUUUAAGUGCCUCUUUUUCGCUUAGCUUUUAAAAUUAUUCUUCUCCCUUCGUCCCAGAAGGGAAUCUCUUAGGCUCAUGUGUGGAUUGAAAAUCACCUUUGAGUUAUGGCUAAAAAGUUACCAUCUAGUGUUCAAUUCUGGGGAAGAGAAGAAUGUGGCCUCUAGACUUGGACUCCUAACCUCCAGGCCUUAUUAUAACCUCCCAUCCAUGUGGGGUUGAGUUCAUAGAGCCUGUGUUCUGCAAGGUCUUGUAACAACGUUUCAUCUGUGAGUUUGGGUCCUUUUGGGGAAUGAGGGGGUAGGGGGGAAGCAGGGAAGGCAGCAACUCCUCCAGAGGCCCCAUCCCCCUCUUGCCAUGACCAGUCUGGCCUUUAACUUCUUGCCACCCACUGCUAGGCUUGUUCCAAUGAGGAGCUCUCUCCAGAGCAGGUCAGUCUGAGCAGCUCCAUUAGUUCAAAACAAAGCUUUGCUGCAUGACUCCAAUCUAGUCUCUGGAUGUUUGGGCAGAAACUGUCCAUAAUUAAACAAGUCACACUACCCAGGGUGGCAAAAGGAUCUUUGUCCUGGAUUUUUUUUUUUUUAACAUCUUUAUUGGAGUAUAAUUGCUUUACAAUGGUGUGUUAGUUUCUGCUUUAUAACAAAGUGAAUCAGUUAUACAUAUACAUAUGUUCCCAUAUCUCUUCCCCCUUGUGUCUCCCUCCCUCCCACCCUCCCUAUCCCACGCCUCUAGGUGGUCACAAAGCACCGAGCUGAUCUCCCUGUUCUAUGCGGCUGCUUCCUACUAGCUAUCUAUUUUACGUUUGGUAGUGUAUAUAUGUCCAUGCCACUCUCUCACUUUGUCACAGCUUACCCUUCCCCCUCCCCAUAUCCUCAAGUCCAUUCUCUAGUAGGUCUAUGUCUUUAUUCCCGUCUUACCCCUAGGUUCUCCAUGACUUUUUUUUUUCUUAGAUUCCAUAUAUAUGUGUUAGCAUAUGGUAUUUGUUUUUCUUUUUCUGACUUAACUUCACUCUGUAUGACAGACUCUAGGUCCAUCCACCUCACUACAAAUAACUCAAUUUCGUUUCUUUUUAUGGCUGAGUAAUAUUCCAUUGUAUAUAUGUGCCACAUCUUCUUUAUCCAUUCGUCUGUUGAUGGACACUUAGGUUGCUUCCAUGUCCCAGCAAUUCCACUACUGGGCAUAUACCCUGAGAAAACCAUAAUGCAAAAAGAGUUAUGUACCAAAAUGUUCAUUGCAGCUCUAUUUACAAUGUCCUGGAUUUAUAGGGAUCAAAGACUGAAUGUUCAGCCUCUGUGCUUAUCCUUCCAUAGUCCUUGGGAUAUAAGCAGGUCUCUAAUUCUGUGACACAGAGAGCUGAAAGAGAGACUGGUUCAAUCCACACUUGCUAGCAUCUUUUUUUUUUUUUUUUUUUUUUUUGCGGUGCGGGGGCCUCUCACCGCUGUGGCCCCUCCCGCUGCGGAGCACAGGCUCCGGACGCGCAGGCUCAGCGGCCAUAGCUCAGGGCCCAACCGCUCCGUGGCAUGUGGGAUCUUCCCGGACCAGGGCACGAACCCCUGUCCCCUGCAUCGGCAGGCGGACUCUCAACCACUGCGCCACCAGGGAAGCCCCUAGCAUCCUUUUUAAAACCUUUUGAAGGCGGUAUUCUUUGAGGUAGACUUUGGAGGCCUGACAUCCAAGACCUUGUGUGUGACGUUUUCAUAAAAGUACAUAUCUUUGGUCUAAAGUGUCUUCUUUUAAUAUAACACUAGUGAAAAUGAUGUAGUAUGAUCAGCUCUGAGUGCUAUAGAACCACACAUGUGCACGUGUUCUGAAUGCCAAAUGAGACUGUGUGUAUGAUGACUUAAAUGUAGAUGACUAGAAUUUUAUAUAGGGAGUCACCAGGCAUUUUAGUAUAUCCAAAACCAGCACUCUGAAUUCCUGACACUGUUACUUGACUUAGGAAAGUUUAUGCCUGCUGCUUCUCUGCCUCUUUGAGGUACUCCCAGCUAUCUUACUGCAGUCCUAUAAGUUUAAGUGCAAUAUAUAGAAACACAUAUGGAUAUAUACAGAUUAUAUAUAAGGUGUGACUAUAAAGCAGGUAGACUACUAUUUUGUAUCUGUCUUGGGGAAGCCAGCUCAUUACUUUAGAGUCAAAUUAUACCAAAAAUUUGAGAUGUGAUUGGCUGGCUUAGGCCAACUCUUGGUAAAGCUGGACUUUCAAGUCCAGUGCCUCCUUACUCCAACUCUUUAGAGACUUGUUGUUUCUCGGGUUUGUUAGAAUUGAGACUUUUCCCCAGUCAUAUUUGUACUAUCUCAUGUUUGCAUAUCUUCUUACAUUUCUUUGCCUAGGAACAAGGAAGUCUACCUGUAAGGAGUUUUCUAAAUGGAGAAUUAAAACCUAAUAUUUAAUACUAUGAGUUCUCCCAUGUAUAUACUAAUUUAUCUGUGAAAGUAAUACUUUAUUAAAUGAAGAAAAUGAUGCUUUCUUCAUUUAAUAAGGUAUUUUCCAUAUUCUGGAAAAUCUAUAAACCAAUAUAGAAUAGAUUGAAAUUUUAACUGUUCAGGGGCCAAACUGAAACCCUUUCUACUGGCAAAUCUUCUUUUUUCAGGGCCCUGGUGACAUGAUGUAAAAAUUUGCUCUAAGCUAUUCGUGUCCAUUACAUAGCUAGAUUUAAAAAUAUAAUAAUAAACAUUAACAUUUCUAAGCAAAAGGUAUAUUAACAGUGACCUUUCAUUACCCAGAGUAAAGCACAGAUAAUUGAAAUCCAUAGAUAAUCAGUGUUUCAACUUUUCUAUCAAACAAUUGAUUGAUUUAUAGUUCUUCCUUCUCCCUACCCUUUCCCACAAGCAUCUCCUUUUCAGUGGAGUGGGGCUAAUGUGUAGUCAGAAAUUGAAAAGCAGGAAUCACGGAGGGGCUAGAAACCAGCAAACAUAUAGGCAGCCCAGUUAGCUGUAGGUGGUCAACCUGAUGACAGUGGUUAAUGGUGAGUUUAGAUGUCACUCUUCAUUCUUCUGCUUUGGCAUAGUCUCCUGCCCUGAGUUCUAGGCUGUCUCUCCUAUAACCACCAAAGAACUCUUAGCACAUAUUGGAAGAAAAAAGCUGUGUAUGAUGCAGAGGAAAUCCCAUCAUUUGAAUACAUUUCUUUGGAUCUUUGCAAAUACUUGCUUUUCCACUAUUCUUGAAGGAGCCUCAACCUUUCCUACAACCCAUAGCUUGGCUUGUAGGAAAGGUUGAAUUAUCCUCUAAGACUACGUUGGUCUUAAUUCUGUAAAACCAGUUUGUUUUUAUGUGGUCUUAAAGAUGUUUAGAAGGUGGCAUAGGUUACUGAAUUGUCCACCUGCCAGCACUCUGAUAUAGCACAAAAAGUCAAUUUCCUCAUUCUUCAUUGUUCUAGCAUUGAGCUCCAGGAUGGAUGAGGGUUUAUGGUCCUAUGAUCAUAAGCUUCCAAAACUGGUCACCAUUCGCUUAAAUUGCUUAGGUUCCCCAAAUGCCUCGGGGCUCUAGGAGCGUUGGCAGGGCCUGAGGUAGGCUUGGUAGAGUUCUGUAACCUCUGUGUGCAUCGCCACCAGAUCAUGCCCAGCAGUGGCGUUUCCCUUCUAAGGUCGUUAGAUUUGGUGGAAAGCGACCUCUUCCCUCAUCUGGUGUUAUGGAAAGAAGUUUUGAGUUGUGCUUCAAAAGUGGUACCAUCUUUUUAACAUAACUUUCAUGUUUUAUCUUUUAUUUUUUUCACUUUUUAGAAGUUUUUAAAAGGCCCUGCUUAGUCACUGUACAGGGUGAGUCAGAGGCAGUUUCACCAAGCUGUAGUAAUUGCUGUUUUACUAGUUGCACAUUUAGAAUACAAAGGAGGCAUCAGAAACACACUGAUUUUCUCUAAAGCCACUUCCUUGUACACAGAGUCUGAGCAGGGACAGCGCCAGGCAUCUCCCUGUAAAGGCACCUGCCAAUGAGGAUAUUUCUGGAAGAACUAGGCAAGAAAGGGAAACCUCACUCACAUGCAGUCUCUGAGGCGAGCCUGGGCUUGGCUCUUGGUACAGGGUAUGCUUAGGCCACACACGAUGCUUGCCUUACUUUAAAGCUGUUUGCCACAGUCCUGUUAAAUAGUGUGGAAGUCCUUUUGCAGUCUGGUGUGCAUGCCAUAUGAUCAGGACAGCUUUUCCCACCUUACCUGGUUUCCUACAAGCAGGUAGGAAAUAUAGUGAAUUUACCCUAAAAUGUCCAGUCUGUAUUUAUGUAUCUUGUCAGUGUUUUGCUGUUGGUUUUCUAAAACAAUCUGAUCAAUAAAUCUUAUCCAGAUCUA